AUGGUCAAACAUCGCCACCGCGUUGCAGUGGUCCUAGAGCGCCGGAGAGAAUUCCAUCUGUUCCUCAAAGCCGAGAAGUGUUCCUUCCAUCAGUCCUCGGUACGGUUCCUUGGCUAUGUCAUCGAUGAUGGUGGUAUUCAGAUGGACAAGGGGAAGGUUGAGGCCUUCCAAAACUGGCCAGUUCCAACCACCGUCAAGGAACUUCAACGUUUCCUGGGAUUCGCAAACUUCUAUAGAAGAUUCAUCUACCACUACAGCUCCAUAACCAGUCCACUCACUAACAUGCUCCAAAAUAAGCCCAAAUCUCUGUCCUGGACACCAGCUGCCAUGGAGGCAUUUGAAGCACUUAGGAAAGCCUUCACUUCUGCCCCGCUCCUCAUCCAUCCAGACCCCAAUAAACCAUUUGUGGUUGAGGUAGCCGCUUCCACUAGAGGAGUCAGAGGCAUACAUUCUCAGCAGCAGGGGACACCAGCCAAACUCCAUCCAUGUGCUUUCUCACGCAAACUCAAUACCGGCGGAGAGGAAUUAUGA